CGGCGCCUCCAGCAACCCAUUGCGCAGCUGUACAACGACCACCGGUAACCAUGAGGAGAUACCUUCUCGUCGUCCUGACUUUCUUCUCCUUUCUAUCACUAUCUCUCGCCGCAUCACCGACAUCCUUCUGCAAAUGCACCUGCUUCGGCAACAGCACCAUCGUCGCCCUCGACGCGCCCUCGACCACGUCAAAACCAAAUCUUGAACUGCGCCCGCGAGCGAGCAAAAAGUCGUGCAACAACUGCAAUCGCCAGUUCUGUUUAAGCUAUAGCUUUUGCAAGGGCGAGAAGGAGGAGAACGUCUUCACGACAUGUUUCCAGCGGGAUUCGACCAAAGACCAAGUCGUGGUGCUGGCGUUCAUAGCGGCGACGGUGGGACUGCUGGGUUAUGCGGGCGUGAGGCCCUGGGUGGAUCAGUGGAGAGAGCGCAGACGAAGCUACAUGCCCGUCGCAGGCCAGGGGAAUCUAUAGAAUGCUGGUCGG